AUGGGAGAUGAAUUACUGCCUCUUACAGAAAAUACGCAAACACAGACUCAAAAUUCACAAAUUGAUUGGAGUCAAAACAAUACCCCAGCCUUUAUACCUACCAUAUGGGGUAGACUGUACCCUACAAAAAUAACCUCGAGUGGCAAACAUUGUUGGAUUAAUAAAAAUCAUCAGGAGUAUUAUGACUUAAUUCAACCUGAAUUCACCCUUGGAAGAGCCCUUAGCUGCACUUAUGUCUUAAAAAAGGGUAUGAUCAAAGAAAAUAUAAUUAAGAAUGUAAGUAAGCAGCAUUUCAUCAUCAAAAGAGAUUUACAAGAACCACUAAAUCCAGCUAUUAUAACAGAUUUAUCAUAUAAUGGCACUUUUAUCAAUGGAAAUAAAAUUGGAAAAGGCAAUAACCAAGUUUUAGAUGAUAAUGAUGAAAUUGCUAUCACACAUCCUCUUGUCAAAAUUUUUAUAUUUAAAGAUCUUUUGAAGAAUGAGCAAGACCAAGUGCCAAAAGCAAUUUCAAACAAAUAUUAUAUUUCAAGAACCCUUGGCCAAGGAGCCUGUGGUAUAGUGAAAUUAGUGUAUAAUAAAGAAAAAUGUACAAAGCAUGCCAUUAAAAUUAUAAAAAAAAGUAGAUUAACUAAUGGACAGCUCAAUAAUUUAACUGAUCCAAUUAAGAUAAUUAAUGAAAUCAAUAUAAUGAAAUCUCUAAAUCAUCCAUGUAUUAUUUCAACUGAAGAAGUAUUUGACACAAAUAAUGCUGUUUACAUUGUCCUCGAAUUGAUGCAAGGUGGAGAACUUUUUGAUAGGAUUACUAAAAAUGGACACUUGACGGAACAGCUCACCAGAUUCCUAUUCAGACAAAUGGUUCUUGCUGUCAAAUAUUUACACUCUCAAGGCAUCACUCACAGAGACCUUAAACCUGAGAAUGUGCUAUUGGAGAGUAAACAGGAUGACACCAUAGUAAAAAUAACUGACUUUGGAUUGAGCAAAUUUGUUGGUGAGGACAGUUUUAUGAAAACUAUGUGUGGGACACCACUGUACUUAGCUCCUGAAGUUCUAAGAGCUAAUGGACAACGCUGCUAUGGCCACGAAGUUGAUGUAUGGAGUCUUGGUGUGAUUUUAUUUGUAUGCUUAGUGGGAUAUUUGCCAUUUUCAAAUGAGUACAAAGAAAUGACAUUAAGAGAACAAAUUCUGAGUGGACAAUACAAGUAUUCACCGUCUCAUUGGAAGGGCAUAAGUUUGCAGGCCAAACUGCUUAUGAAGAGAAUGUUGACUGUGCAAGUUGAAAGGCGGAUCACUCUUGACCAAAUCCUAAAUCAUGCAUGGAUGCAGGAUCAUGAUAUUAUAAUAAGAGUUGAAAAAAUAUUGUCUCUUGCAGUACAAAAUAAAAAUUUCAAUCAUCUAUCCCUAACCUCUGCAUCAGAUGAAGAAAAUAUGAAUGCUGACAAUGUAACAGUAAUACGGCUGGUUGCAACAGGAAAACGCGCUCUCAGUGAUAGCUACAAUUCAUGUGAGCCCUUUCCAAAAAAACUAAAGAUAGCUCUUAACUCUGGAGAUGAAAACAAAACUGAUGAUACUAGUUCUGCUACUAACAGUGUUUGCUCACAAGAGUAA